CCGACGGUGGUCGUUUCCAAGUUUUUGCUUCAACUGCUCAACUUCUCCGGCUGAUCUUGGAGACGACUCUGAAAAAUGAGCAAGAUCAACGCCGUAUCAUCGCCGUGAUUUUUUCCUACCCGAGCCUCACCGCAACGACAGUCUCCAGCUUUCCUGCUCUACUCGUAAAGGUGCUGUCUUUGAGCUUGUGGAGCAAUGGGUAGUUCGUUUAAUGCUCAGGUAUUAGCUGAGAAGCUUGCCAAACUCAACAGCUCUCAAGCAAGCAUAGAGACUUUAUCGCAUUGGUGUAUCUUUCACAUGAACAAGGCGAAACAUGUUGUGGAAACAUGGGGGAGGCAGUUUCACUGCUCCCCGCGCGAGCAGCGGUUGGCAUACUUGUACCUUGCGAAUGAUAUCUUGCAGAACAGCAGGCGAAGAGGUGCAGAGUUUGUAGGCGAGUUCUGGAACGUGCUCCCUGAGGCUCUUCGUGAUGUGAUUCAAAAUGGUGACGACUCUGAAAAAAAAUCUGCACUUCGUUUGGUUAAUAUAUGGGAAGAAAGGAAGGUUUUUGGAUCUAGUGGACAGAUUCUCAAAGAAGAGGUUCUGAGAAAGCUGCCUGAAAACGGAACCAGAAACGUUGCGCUCGUGCCGCUUAAGCUUAAACAGGUAGCUCCGCUGGAGAGAGUAGUGUCUGCUGUUGAAGCUCUUCACGGAGUUCAGAUUGAUGAGCAUGAUAUUGUUGGAAAAUGUACUAAUGUUGUGGGUUACCUUGAGAAAGCUGCUCAGGAGGUUGACAGAGAUCUUAGUUCAGGACACACCCCUGGCCCUGCGGUUGUAAAGGAGGUGCAGGGACAACAUACCAUACUGAGAGACUGCAUCGUACAGCUAGUGGCAAUGGAAACGUCCAGAACUAGUCUUAUCUCUCAUUUGAGAGAGGCUUUACAAGAACAGGAAGUCAAGCUGGAGCAAGUCCGUAACCACCUUCAGCUUGCUCGGUUUCAAUCAGACCGAACUGGUGAUCUCUGCAAACAGCUUAUAAACCAUGGCAGUAGUUCACACCCUCCUGCUACAGAAGAAGAGUCGAAAGAAGUCGUCAAAGUUUCAUUCACUGCAUCUGCACCGGUUAUGUUUGCCUCGAACCCACCAACUCAGUCAGUGGUAGUAGACCCAAGAAAAACUGAAGCUGCAGCAAUGGUAGCUAAGCUAACUGCUUCAACCUCCUCAGCCGAGAUGCUCUCCUACGUUCUCUCCUCCUUUGCCUCCGAAGGAAUCAUCGGAAACAACCCACCUACUGUAACAGAAACACCACCAUCCGACGCUUACCCGCCAGAGAAACGGCCCAAGCUUCAAAACCUUGACCAGUCCUAUCUCCAACAGAACACAUCCUCAGCCACCACCAGUCCUCCACCACCACCACCAGCAUUCCAGCUUCAGCCUCAGUUCUUGCAGCCGUUACAGCCUCCUGGUCCUGUAAACUCCACACCAUUCAGCUACAGCAUAGCAACCACUCAACAACAACAACAACAACAAGGUCCUUGGAUUCCUGGGCUCACCUCGCUUCCAACAACCUCUGCUCCAUCAGAUAAUCCAUACCAAAAGUUUCAGGGACAAGAUGGUUUCUAUGGAACUACCAACUCACCGUCCUCUAUGACACCUGUUACUCGGCAGUAGAAGAAGAAGAAUGUAUUUUGUUAGGGUUAAGAGAGCUAAAAGGCUCACCUUUUCUUGGUGUUGUUAAAAAGUACAGUACUAAUGGUGUGUUUGAUAGGAUUUGAAAAUGUGCAAGUCUAACCAUAUGCUUCUUCUGCACAUAUCCUUGGGUCAUUUUGUCUGUGAAACUUAAGCCAAAAAAAAAAAAAAAAAACUUUUUUUACUGUGAAGA